GUAAUGGUCUUUUCGUCUGUUUGAUCUGGUCCGUUUAAAGUCAUUUGGGACCCAAACAGAACACAAGUGAGCUCUCUUCUCUUCAACGUUCAGUAAUUUAUAAUUCAAAUCCAAGUAAAGGAGAACAACUAGAUUCUUCCGCGCAUCUCGGUGGCUCCUCGUCUUAGGGUUUUUGUCAGAAAUGAUGUCUUCGCUCUCUAAAUUGCGAAGAUUUGCACUUCACAAGACCGAUACCAAGGACAAAUAUGACUUUUCUCCUUCUGCUCAGGUCGAUGAGCUCGAUCAAGCUGCUCAGGAGAUGCAAGAUAUAAGAAAUUGCUAUGAUAGUUUACUCUCAGCUGCUGCGGCGACUGCAAACAGUGCUUAUGAAUUCUCAGAGUCACUGCAUGAAAUGGGUUCUUGUCUACUGGAGAAAACCUCGUUACAUGAAGAUGAAGAAACCAGUAGAAUUUUGUUAAUGCUAGGGCAAGUGCAGUUCGAACUUCAAAAGCUUGUUGAUAGUUAUAGGUCUCAUAUAAUCCUGACAAUUACAAAUCCAUCAGAAUCUCUUCUCAAUGAACUUCGCACGGUUGAGGAUAUGAAACGACAAUGUGAUGAAAAAAGAAGUGUGUAUGAAUACAUGAUGGCACAACAAAGAGAAAAAGGAAGGUCAAGAAGUGGCAAGGGUGAAAGUUUUACUCCACAGCAAUUGCAAACUGCCCACGAUGAAUAUGACGAACAGGCAACCCUAUGUGUUUUUCGGCUAAAGUCCCUCAAACAAGGGCAGUACCAUAGUCUUCUAACUCAGGCAGCUCGCCAUCAUGCAGCACAGUUAAAUUUAUUUAGGAAGGGACUUAAAUCACUUGAGGCAGUUGACACUCAUGUUAGAUCAGUUGCGGAACGACAGCAUAUUGAUUACCAGUUUUCUGGACUUGAAGAUGAUGAGGUGGAAGAUGGUGAGGAUAGCUACCGUUCUAAUGAAGCGGGGGAGUUGAGUUUUGACUAUAGACAGAAUAAGCAGGGUCCUGAUGUUGUUUCCAUGUCAAGAAAUUCAAUGGAGGUGGAUGAAGUUGGUGUUUCAUUUCCUCGAACUUCAUUAGUGGAAAAUGCUGAGGUAAACUUGGACAAAAACCCAGGGGAUCACCCGGCAUCAAACAAGGAGCGAAGAGGAAGCUACUCAGCCCCAUUAUUUCCUGAAAAGAAGAAUGAUCAGGCUGAAAAAUUUAGGGAAAUACAGCAAUCAUCUACAAGGAAAUCGGGUACAUAUGUGCUUCCCACCCCUAUUGAUGCAAAGGUCCCAAUCGCAUCAAGACCAAGUACUUCUAUUCCCUUUGCGAGGCCAGGUAACCUUAGUGGACACACACACAACCCAUCUCAUUCUUCCCCAUUGGAACAGAAGAAGCAAGAUAAAGAUUAUGGUGAUCUCUCUGUCUUCAGACUACAGUCAGUUCUUAAAGAGAGCAACAGUAAUACUACCUCCAGUAAACUACCCCCUCCUUUGGCAGAGGGUUUUUCCCAUCCUUCACUGGAUACAUUCACAUCUUCUAAUACAAAAAAUAACACAAGACAAGCAUUCUCUGGCCCAAUUACUAAUAAGUUAUCAUCAGCAAAGACUACAGAACCUCACAAGCUAGUUUCUGUAGUACUUUCUUCACCACCAACCGCUCAGCCUUCAACAUCUCCAAGGAGAUCCCCAAGUGCUUCACCUCCGCUUAUUUCUUCUCCUAGAUUAAGUGAACUUCAUGAGCUUCCCAGGCCUCCGAGUGGCAUAGCAGGUAAGCCUGCAAAAUCUCAUGGUUUGGUCGGUCACUCAGCUCCAUUAAUGUCUAGAAAUCAAGACAAUACUGCAACGAAUAAAAUGGUUUCAGUCAUUUCAAGUGCAGCAUCCCCUCUUCCUGUUCCACAUUUAAUUGUUCCUAGGAGCUUCUCCAUACCCUCAAGUAGCCAGAGAGCAAUGGCAUUUCAUGUUCCAAAGCUUUUGGAGUCUACGAAAAUUGGAGAAAAGGAUGAAGAUGUUUCUUCUCCUCCGCUGACGCCUAUCUCCCUUGUAAACAUUAAACAACCAGUAUCCGGUGUUUCUGAAGCGCCUCACUCUGGGCAUAUUAGAGGUGAUUGAAAUUUUUUCUUUCAUUGUUUGCUGUAUUACAUUGCUUGUGCAUAUAUUUGAUGGCUGAUGGAUAUUGGAAGAUUUUGUCCUUUGCCUA